UUAACCGGCCGGCGCUAGCUAGCUCACUCGUGCACGGCUAACCCUACUCAUGCAUCAAGUAACUUCACUUCGAAGUAAUUAAACUACAACUUCUUCUUCUUCUUCUUUUAUAUGGAUAUAUAUUCAAUCCAUUAGACACAGAAAAUUGUUGUUCCUAUACACUCUGAUUCACAAACCUACGUACGUUAACAGUAACUUGGACAUCAACAACACACAGUUUCCUUCCCAACUGUAUAUCUCUCCAGCAGCCAUAUGGCAAAAUCACAGCAUAUUGUUUCUUGUUUCGCUCUUCUCUUUCUUUCUCUAGCCACUCCUUCAGUUGCUUCCAGCACGGACUCCUCCGUGCUCUACCAUGGCUGCUCACAGAUCCAAUUCUCCCCAAACUCACCCUACGAGUCCAACCUCGACUCGCUCCUCACCUCGCUGGUCAACUCGGCCACCUACUCGUCCUUCAACAAUUUCACCAUCAUGGGCUCCAGCCCCCAGGACGCCCUCUACGGCCUCUACCAGUGCCGCGGGGAUCUCUCCAUGCCCGACUGUGCCACCUGCGUCGCCCGUGCCGUCACCCACCUCGACUCCCUCUGCCACUACACCUGCGGCGCCGCCGUCCAGCUGCCGGGUUGCUUCGUCAAGUACGACAACGCCAGCUUUCUGGGCGUGCAGGACAAGACGGUCGUGCUCAAGAAAUGCGGUCCCUCUGUCGGCUACGACACGGAGGCGAUGGGCCGCCGCGAUGCGGUGCUGGCCAGCAUGGGCGGCGCCGGCGGGCCCUACCGGGUUGGCGGGUCAGGUGAUGUGCAGGGCGUGGCGCAGUGCGACGGGGAUCUCAGCGCCAGCCAGUGCCAGGAUUGUCUGUCGGAGGCGAUCGGGCGGCUGAAGAGCGACUGCGGGACGGCAGUUUACGGCGACAUGUUCUUGGGCAAGUGCUAUGCUAGGUACUCCACAGACGGCGCGAACGGCGAGUCCAAAUCAUCGUCCGGCGGUUCUCAUCAUAGUGAGGGCGAGAAAACAUUCGCCAUUAUAGCCGGACUGUUAACUGGGGUAGCUCUAAUUCCGAAACAAUGUCAUUUAGAAUUUAUAAUUUAAAUUGCAGGCGGUUCUCAUCAUAGUGAGGGCGAGAAAACAUUCGCCAUUGUAGCCGGACUGUUAGCUGGAGUAGCUCUGGUCAUCAUCUUCUUGACUUUCGUCAGUAAGAUUAUAUCGAGAAAAUGGUAAAAGGGACUUGUCUGAAAUCAGAUUAAUCCCAUGGAUCCAGUGCUCCAUUUAUUUAAUUACAUGGACUAGCUAAUUAUGGCGGCUUUCUCUUCUUUUUGGUUAAUUUGGCAGAUAAAUGAAUAUUGGGACAGCAUAUUCAGAGAAUAUCGAUCUGGCCGGGUCUGUGGCUCCAACUUUUAUGAUCCCAUUAGCUUUUGCUUUGCUUUCUCUGGUGAUAGAUGGCGUCGGCCAGCUGCCUGCCUCUGCGUGCGGCCCCCAAAAGGAGAUGUUUACUGGGGGCAUGCAUGCAUGUACUUCAAUUUGGUAAGAUGGAAGUCAAAUCAAAGGGAGGGGAAGGGAAAGGCUGUAAAGAGGCGAAGAUUCUCCACUUUUUUAACAAAGUUUUCUUGUCUGAUUUGAACAAGUUAAUUUUCCUUAUCAUUCUUUUCUUAAGGUGUGGCCAUGCAUGAUUCCUUUUUAGAUGAUUAUUAUUGUUCCAGUGCAAGUUAAUACAUACAUGAAUUAAGCUUUUAUAUAUAA